GUGACCAUCAUGUCUCCAAUGGCUGCCAUCAUCAACAAGAAUUUAUUCUUAUUUCUCUCUCUGAGCCUGAUCAUUGGCCUAGGCCAUUGCCAAUGCUCUCUGAAAAAAAUUGGGAUUACCCAAACUGAUACCGGAGCUACAAUUCAUAAUAAACCGGAGUGGAGGGUGACAAUUCACAAUGUCUGUCCUUGUGCUGUAUUGGACCUGAAAUUAGCUUGCAGUGGUUUUCAAACCGUGGAAGAUAUUGACCCUUCAGUCUUGAGCAUAUCCAGUGGCGAGUGUCUUGUCAACAAUGGCCAACCCAUCUAUCCUUCUACUACAUUCAGCUUCACCUAUGCUUGGGAUACUUCGUUUCCUUUCAAGCCAGUUUACUCUGAGGUUGCUUGCUCUUAAGGAGAUCGAAAGGCCAAAAGAUAGAUGACACGUAAACUACGUUCUAUAAUAUUUAUUCUUGUUCGACUUUACGUGUUUAU